AUGGGUCCUAAAGGAUACCUCAUACGCAAAUACGAAACACACAGGUUGAUCGUUACGGGAUAUGACACUUGUCUUCCUAAGGACGUUGUCAGGACGGCCCUGGUUGAACAUUUCUCUUCAUGUGGAGAGAUCGUUCAACUUAGUGUUCUCGAAAAGACAUGUCUCGUUUUUAUUAGGGGACCAGACGCUGUAGAGAAGGCGAUGGAGCUUAAUAAUGGUGGAUGCAAAUGCCAUGUCCAAGGAUGUAAGAUCGUAGUUGACAAGGUUAUGAUUCGCAGCCCCGACACAGAGCCCUAUAUUUCAUGGCCCUCCAGGGGACCAGGCGCUGUAGAGAAGGCGGUGGAGCUUAAUAAUGGUGGAUGCAAAUGCCAUGUCGAAGGAUGUAAGAUUGUAGUUGACAAGGUUAUGGUUCAUGACCCCGACCCAGAGCCCUUUACAUGGGGCUUUAUCGAUCCCCCCCCUUGCAGAUGGGUUCCUUCCCAAGAAGGACAGGACUAA